AUGGCUUACAACCCACGCAUAAGCAUGGCGCGCGACUCCAACAUGAACAGCAAUCGCAGCCGCCAGCAUAAGGAGGACCCCUUCACUUUGCCUGACCACGAAAUCGCGAAUUGCAUCACCGAUAUUGGCAUCAACUUCAGCAUCGCCGACCUCCAGAAGCCCAACCCACAGCACAUCCAGAAGCUCUUCGAAUGGUUCGCCGAGCUGCUCAUGAACACGACCCGGGAGGUCGUUGCGCCAGCAAUGAAGGCCGCCGCGGACGACAUGGCGGGCGACGAUCUGGCUGACCGGAUCUUCACUCCUGACACUCGCGAUCUGAUGGGCUUCUUCGUCAUCAUGAGGAAACUGCUGAUGGAGUGCGGUAUUGAUGACUUCACGUUCCAAGAUCUCUACAAACCCACGCGCGAACGCUUGGUCAAAAUCCUGUCCUACACCAUCAACUUUAUCCGCUUCCGCGAGUCGCAAACCACCGUAAUUGACCAGCACCUCAACAAAUCGGAACGCACGAAGCUUCGCAUCGAUCAGCUCUACAAUGAGAACCAGGACAAGGAGAACCAUUUACGCGAGCUCGAAAGGAGCCGCAAAACAACCGAGAUGCAGAUGGCUGCCAAGGAAAAGAGGCAGAAGGAGCUCAAGCAGCGCUUAUUGGACCUGAAGAUGGGCCAGGAGAAAGUCGUCGAGAGGCUUGAGAUGCUCAGGGACGAGCAGCGGCGGCUCAGGGACGUGUUGGAGAAUAAGACUGAACAGACGAUGAAUGUGCGCCAGGACGCCGCGAAGCUGCGGCCAUACACGACUCAGAGCCCAGCGGUGCUGGAAUCAUCGCUCAAAGACCUCAAUGCGAACUUGGCUGCCGACAAAGCGGCGAUCGACGCACUUGAUCGACGCGGUCGCGCACUUCAGACCUCCACGGACACCUUCACGGCUGUCACGCAAGAUGUCGAUGCCUGCACGCGUCUCUUGGGAGACCUGGCGCAAGACAUUAGACAAGAGCAGGAGGAGUUGGCCAAAGGCGAUCGACACAGGCAGGCGCUCAGCGAGCGUUCCAACAGUGUCCGAGAUGUUGAGCGUCAAGAAAAGCUUCUCACGAAGCAGUUGGCCAACGUUAGCGCGCGCACGGAGAAGUUGCGCAAGAACGCGGAUGACAAGGCAGAGGCCGCUCGGGUGCGUAUGGAGGAGCUGAAGUCUGUGCACAAGAAGCUGGCUGAGGAGCGGGGAGAGAAAAGCCGGGAUAUGGAGAGAAGGAGGGUCAGAAUCGAACAGACGGAGAAGAAGAUGGCCGACCUCAAGGAAAACAUCGAGAAUGAGGUCAACAACACCCGCGAGCAGUACAUGCAGCUGGAGUCGCACAUCAAACUUUACAUUACCGAGAUGGACCAAAGCCUCGGCUCUUGA